AUGCGCGUCGUCAAGCCCAGCUGGGUCGCACACCCAGACGAGACCCGCCCGAGCAAGCCCGAUUUGACCAUCUUCUCGCUCGAUGUCCACCCGGACAACUCGCGCCUCGCGACCGGCGGCCUCGACUCGCUCGUCCGCAUCUGGUCCACCGUCCCCAUCCUCCACGAGCAGGCCCAGGACGAUGCCCGCUGCCCAAAGCUCCUCUCGACCCUGUCGGCCCACACCGGCGUCGUCAUGUCGGUCCGCUGGAACAACGCCGGCUCGUACCUCGCGUCGGGCUCGGAUGACCGCGUCGUCAUGAUCUGGUCCCACGAGGGCGGCGGCGGCGGCAAGGUCUGGGGCACCGACACGACCAACGUCGAGAAUUGGAAGGCCGUUCGGCGCCUCGUCGGGCACAACUCGGACGUCGCCGGUGUCGCGUGGAGCCCCGACGACACCUACUGCGCCUCGGUCGGUCUCGACAACGUCGUCCUCGUCUGGUCGGGCCAAACUUUCGACCUCGUCCGCAAGCUCGACGGCCACCAGGGCUUCGUCAAGGGCGUCGUCUUCGACCCGGUCGGCCAGUUUCUCGCGACCCAGGCCGACGACAACUCGCUCAAGGUGUGGCGCACCGACGACUGGCAGCUGCACAAGGACAUCCGCGAGCCGUUCGUCGACGCGCCCAAGGCGACCCUCAUCCGCCCGGCAUGGUCGCCCGACGGCGCCUACAUCGUCACGCCCAACUCGAUGAACGGCCCCGUCUUCUGCGCUUCUGUCAUCGACCGCACGUCGUGGACGGCGACGGCGUCGCUCAUCGGCCACCAGGACAUCGUGCAGGCGGCCGCCUACUGCCCGCUCCUGUUCAUGCGCGACCCGAGCGUGCCGCCGUCGCUCGCCAACACGUGUUCGCUCCUCGCCCUGUGCGCCCAGGGCACCAUCUCGCUGUGGUUCACCGACGUCUCGGAGCCGUUCGCCGUCUUUGCCGACCUGUUCGACCGCGACGUCCUCGACUUGUCGUGGUCGCGCGACGGCACCCAGCUGUGGGCCUCGUCGUCGGACGGCCAGAUCGCCGUCCUCGAGUUUGCCCUCGCCGAGUUUGCGACCGUCUCGCCCGAGGGCACCAAGGACAUCAUCCACGAGUCGUACGGCUUCAAGCCUCGCAACCGCCCGGUCCUGUCGGCCCAGUCGUCGCUCCAGCUCGGUCGGCCGGCAACGCCCAACCCGAACGAGGGCUCCAUGUCGCAGCCCAAGAUGCUCGUCGCGCGCAAAGGUCCCGGCGCCAAGCGUCCGCGCACGGUCCAGCUCGUGCAGCCGGCGCCCCUCGUCGUUGGCGCGGCCGGAGCGGCGGCGCCCGCCGCCAACCCGUUCGUCUCGGCGCCGACCUUCCCGGGCCAAGCGCCGCCCCUCGCAGGAGCGGCAGCGCCCAACGCGUUCGCGAGCACGUCGGCGCAGCCGUAUGCGGCCCCACUGCCGGGCUUUGGCGCUCCUGCGCCGCCCGGCUUCGGCGCGCCUCAGCCGGUCAACGACCUCACGGCGUCGCGCAAGCGCAAGGCGUCGCAUGCGCCCCUGCACAACGGCGGCGCCGACACGCACCCGUACCCGUACCCGCCACCGCCGCAAGGCUACCCGUACCCUCCUCCCGGCUACCCGUACCCGCACCCGGCGCAGUACGACCCUGCCGCCGCCGGUCCUCGACCGCCCGAGGUCGCCGGCUACGGCACGGCGCCGCGCAUCUCGUCCGCCGACUACCGCCUCAAGGGCCACACGCUCGGCGAGCGCGCAGCCGCCGGCCCGGCGCAGCUCGACGACGCCGACAAGCGCGAGCUCGUGCCGGCGUACGCGCUCUACGACCGCGAGGUGACGUUCCGGGUGUCGAACCGGGUCGGCGAGGGCGAGGGCGGCGAGCGCGAGCGCAAGAGGAGGGCACUCGCCGUGCCGGCCGUCGUCACUCACGGCCGGCUCGGCGUCGAGGACGAGGCCAAGGACACGUUCGAGUUCCGGAACUUUGGCGAGGGAUCUCGCAAGGGCGAGAGCGAGGUGACGGUGACGACGGCCAAGAAGGCGCUCUGGAUCGACUACUUGCCCAAGUACGUCGUCUGCGCGGCGGGAAGCCCGGUCUUUACGGCCGUGUGCCUCGAGGACGCGAGCUUGGUCGCCUGGAGCCCGACGGGCAGAAGGCUCAUCCCGACGCUCGUCCUCGACGCACCGUGCUCGUUCCUCGUCGCCGAGGGCCCGUACCUUCUCGCCCUGACGGCGCUCGGCACCCUCAUCGUCUGGAACCUGUCGCCCUCGAUCCCCAAGCCGCGCUCGAUCUACCCUCCCCUCAACAUCUCGGCCCUCCUCUCGUCGGCCGCCACCCGUCGCGACCCCACCCCGACCAUCACGACGAGCGCGCUCCUCCCCAACGGCACGCCCCUUCUCGCGCUCUCGACGGGCGCCACCUUCAGCUACGACGCCGACCUCGCGAGCUGGACUCGCGUGUGCGAGCCCUGGUGGGCGCGCUCCGAGGCAUGGGAGGGCCGGCGCGGCCGGCACGCGGCGGCGAGCCACGGCGGGCGCGGCAUCGUCAAGAACAUCGAGGGCGCCGUGAACGAGAUCGUCGUCGACGAGCAGGCGCGCAGGGACCGCGAGGGCGACCUCGGCUCGGACGCGCCGAGCGAGUCGGCGACCGAGGUCGGCGACGAGUCGGCCGCCAAGGAGAACGGCGACGUCGAGAUGGGCGAGGACGGCGCGACGACGGGCCUCAACGGCGCGUCGGCAGCAGCGGCGGCGGUCAAGGGCAAGGGCAAGGCGGCAGACGGCGACGAGCUGGCGAGCCCGGCGACGACGCCCGCACCGACGCCGGCCAAGCGCCCUGUUCCGCAAGGCGCCCCGCAGGCGCCGAGCGGCGACUCGGACCAGUACCGCAUCGCCGUCGCGCUCGCUCAUCUCGAGACGCGCCUCAACGCCGCCGUCGCCCUCGACUCGCCGAGCGAGUACCGCAUCUUCCUGCUCCAGUACGCCAAGAAGCUCGCCGACGAGGGUCUGCGGAGCAAGGCCGAGGAGCUCGUGCGAGAACUGCUCGGGCCCAUCUACUACAAGCCGGGCAAGAAGGACGGCGACGAGUGGAACGCGACCAUCCUCGGGCUCUCAAAGCGUGACCUCUUGCGCGACGUCCUGCGCGAGCUCUCCAAGCAGCGCGUCACGGCGCCUCUCGCGUCCGAGUUUCAGGACGUUCUCAAGAAGAUCUCGGCAGCAUGACGAGGAGGAGAGGACGAGGGAGGGGGAUCCGCUUGCGAGGGAGGAGGAGGCCUGUUGUAGCUCGAAGAGGAGACGUGGCCUGCAGCUUGAUCUCGUUGCACGCGC